CCCUCCAAACUAACACCUCUCGCUGCAUCACACUCCUCCCUCAACUCAGCAUAACACAACCUACCAUGUCUCUCGCACGCCAAUUCUUCCGCGAGAUGCGCCCCCUCUUCCGCAUGCUCGAGGAGCCCCUCGGGCGGCCGCCCGCGUACAUGAGCGGGUUCCCCGGGCCCCGCGCGCUCUUCGACGACCCCUUCUUCCACUCGCCCGCGAGCCUGCGGCCGGCGGUCGACGUCUCUGAGCAGGGCAACAACUACAUCGUCGAGGCGGAGCUGCCUGGGGUCAAGAAGGAGAACGUGAACGUGCGCAUUGGGGAUGGCGGGCGGACGCUCACCAUCGAGGGCAAGGUAUUCAGCCGAUCGGGUGAGCCGGAGCAGCAGCCUGCCGACGCGUCAUCUUCGUCCGCGGCUGGGACUUCAGGUGUAACUGAGGGCGCUUCAGAAGGCACUCAAGCACUGACGACGAAGGGGCCCGAGUCGAAUGCACUCUCGACAGAACGGGUGUUCUCCGGGACCUCGACCUUCACGCGCACCGUGGUGCUGCCUCGGCCUGUAGACAGCAGCAAGGUGACAGCAAAACUUUCGGACGGCGUGCUCACUGUGACCGUCCCAAAGGCGGAAGACGUGGGCAGCGUACAAGUGAACGUCAAGUAAACGAGCACUCAAAAGGAAACUGGGGGCGAUGUCUGUGUAUGAUACGGGUGCAACAUCAUUGUACAUUAUCUGCAGGAGUUUGUAAUCAUGAAGUCUAUUCAGUUCGA